AUGUCUUUGCCUCCAGAGCAGAUCAACAUCAAGCGUCGUCGAGAGGAGGAGCCCGUGGAUACUCUAUAUAUCCAGUCUGAACUGCACCAGACAAAACGUCGGUUCACAGACUUUGUGUUUCAAAGAGUCCAGGUCAAGGUUGGAGGCGAUGGGCGUAGCAGCGAAUCGUCCAGUCCGACCCCAUCGGCAGCAGCCGGGCUAGCUGCGAAGCGACACCUUCGCAGCCCCAGGUCGGUGAGCAGCUUGCUUUCCCCAUCAGCAGCGCAUGCGCGCAGCGCCAGCACAGGGGGCAGGGUUCCCAUGGUGAGGGCUACGUCUCCCGGGGCCGAGUUUCGUGACGAGAAGCGAUUAGCAGCGGCGCGGAGAGAGAAUGAAGAAAAGCUGAAGAGAGCAUUGCAUUCUUCGCCUGCAUCGCCAAGGCCUGGGAGCGGCGUGAUCUCAGCCGCUUCCAGUGGGAGAGGUAGUCCGGCUUCGUCACCGGGUCCUUUGUCUGUGCGUAAGUUUCAAAUCUCGCGAUCCAGCACACCAGUGGGUGGUGGGAGUCUACACAGGAGUACAGGAAGUGGAGUGCAGAAACGGCGAGGAGACGGGGUGGCGGUUCUAGUUGAGCAACUCCGGCGCAAGCCGCACUCGAGACAGGCGUCGAUGGUGGCGGACUUGGCCAGGAAGGCGGACGAUGGGAGCAGCUUGAGUGUGGCAUCCCUGGAUGGCUCGGUGGGCUCUGAAGAAGCGCCGGCUCGUCCUAGGAAACGGCCAGUGGUGAAUCAGGCAGAGAAGCGGUGGCGGGAGGAGCGUAAGACGGCCAUAUCUGCUGCCAAACAGCACAUUUCACAUGUCUUGGACAAGGAGGCCCAAACUCAGCACCAGAGUAGCUGGGACGAUGAGUCGGAACGGCUCGCUCGCGAGUUUGAGCACAUUGCUCUGGAGUUGGAUGGGGAUGAUGAUCAUCGCAUGGAGGCAUUGCCAGACAAGUCACAGCAACAGCAACCUUCUCCGUCCCGACAUGCGCUGCCAAAGCCUGCUCUGAAAUUCCAACCCCGUCAGCCGAAUAAACCUCGACCGGCUGCAGAAGCGUCUGGGAAACCCACUCCACCAUCAGGAGCAGCAGAGGCUGAAGCGGACGAAAGCGAUGGGGAGUAUGUCUACGAUACAUACAUUCGCCGACCACUGGAGAAUGGACAGCUUACGAACCCACUUGUCGAGCUGGAGCGCGACCAAGCCGGUUGGCUUCGGCAGCAUGGAAUUGAUGCCAGUCGGCAAGACAUAGGAGUGAUAGUCAUCACACCCGAGGAUGAGGAGUAUUGGGAGAAUUUUGCAGAAGACGACGAUGAAGAAGAAUGGGAUAGUGAAGAUGCAGACUCGAACGAAACAGCCGAAAAUAAUCCCGCAAAUGACUAUCCAGACGAGGAAUUAUCAUGGUCAGACGAAGAUGACGACCCGUCGGCAAUCUACAGCAAAUAUCGACGUCACGGCGCAUCAGACGACGAAGAAUUCGACUUUGCAGACUCAGCUAGUGAAGACAACGGUGCAAGACGGUUUAGAUUUAGAAACGGGCUUGACAUGCACGUGGAUUCGGAUGAGGAGGGAGGAUGGUGA